AUGGAUGUCCAAGAGCCUUCAAUGGCCACUGCGCCUCUCAAGCAGGCUGGCCUAUUUGCCCAGUGUAGCUUUGCUAUCAUCCGCAAUGCUGACCUUUCAAAUGAAGAUGCGGAGGUGACUGCAAAGGAACUGCGCCUGCAUGAUGGCGCGGUCAUUAUCGACAAUUAUCCUGACGAAGCGCUGGACAUAGCCGGCCUCACUCACGUCAUUUCUCCCACAUACGAUUUCCCAGACUACAACAUCUGCUCCGACGCCAUGAUUCCGGUUGUCAAGCCCACUUGGGUGCAACAUUCCCUGGCCAGAAGCAAGCUCUUGAAUCCAAGACAAUAUAGUCCAGAUCCUCGGCUGUUUCUCUCCGAUAUUACUGCCUGUGUUUCCGCUCUUCCAGAAGGCGAUGCAGAUGCCAUUGCAGGUGGGGUACUGGCAAUGGGUGGAUUGUUCUCGGCGAAACUUACAGGCCUGACCACCCAUAUAAUUGCUGUAGACUACGACUCGGAAUCUUGUGUGAUGGCACGAAACAGAAACAUGCAGGUCAAGAUUGUUCUUCCACAUUGGGUUGAUGAUUGCUUGAAGCUAGGCAGAAAGAUUGACGAACACCCUUACACAUUACCCAGCCCAGAGAUAUUCAACCCUCCACUGGACAAGGCACCAGGUGCUAAGCGCAAGACUUUGGUGGAAGGGGCCACUCACUACGACCCAUCGAACAAAAUGCCAUCUCCGGGUGCUCCACGGAAACUAGAAAGAGUCUUCAAGAAGAAAACAGUCAUGUUGGCAAACGACUUAGGGAUAUCACAGUAUCUCCGAGGCAUUCUAGAUGGAAUGAUAACGACAAGUGGUGGGAAGCUCACCGAUUCAGUCGCCAAGGCCAACAUGUAUAUCUGCAAAUAUCGUGAAGGCCACGACUACAAGGUUGCAUCAAAGUCGGGUAAAGAUGUUGGAAAUCUAGCUUGGCUUUAUUAUCUCAUCACGUUCGAUCAGUGGACGUCUCCCACUCGGCGCCUGCUCCAUUAUCCUAUCACCAAGGAAGGUAUCGCUGGCUUUUCCGGUCUGAAGAUCAGCCUUUCAAAUUACAGUGGCGAAGCACGAACCUACCUUGAAAAUUUGAUUACUGCAGCCGGAGCCGAAUGCACCAAAACACUGAAGCAGGACAAUACUCAUCUUAUUACGGCGCAUGGAUUAAGCGAGAAAUGUGCUGCCGCAAAAGAUUGGUGUAUCCCCAUUGUCAAUCACCUAUGGAUCGAGGAAAGCUACGCAAAGUGGAAAAUGCAAAGUGUCACUGAGGGGAGAUACGUUCAUUUCCCAGCACGAACCAACUUGAGCGAUAUCGUGGGAAGCACUCAAUUGGAUCGUUCGAUCCUUGAACAAAAUUUCUUUCAAGACAGUGACAUCGAGAUGGCUGAUGCCCCAGUGUCAGGUCCCAUGCGCCAGGUGAACCAAAACGCCACCAAAGGUGCUCGAGGUCGUCAACGAAGCUCGGAUGCAGGGAUGAAUGAUGCAGAGAAGUUCAGGACCCCAGCACCAUCGAAAUUUGCCGCAAUGGGGAAAGAAAACGUCACACCGUCUACGAACAAUAGCCGCAAGUCUAAAGAUGUUGCGUCUGCACGUCUACAUGACUUGACAGGCGACAUGUUGUUGUAUGAAAAGGAACGAAAACGUGUUGGCGGCGUCGUCUAUGGUGGGAGAAGGAAGAAUGAUGAAGAACGUGUUCAACCAAAUCGCAAGCGAUCUGUCAGUGAAGCUUCUGAGGACGAGAUCACUGAAGACAGUGAAGCAAAAAGAACAAAACGCAGCAAUCCAGCACCUCAAAUCCAUCUAAUGAUCUCGGGCUACAAUAAAUGGGUUGGUCACCCCAAAGUUGAGGACAAUGACAAGAAACGUCUCCGUGGUUAUGGCAUCUUGACAACCGUAGAUGCAAAGAAAGCGACUCAUCUUGCUGCACCACACAUUGUCCGGACCCAAAAAUUUGUCACAGCACUAGCUUAUGCUCCCAUGGUCUUAUCGACAACGUUCAUCGAUUCGUGCCUCGACGCAGACGAACUCCUAGACCCCAAAGACUUUUUACUUGAUGACAAGGAGAACGAAAAGAAGCUUGGCUUCAAGUUGAAAGUUUCCCGAGAACGUGCCAAGACAAACCAUAACCAGCUACUCAAAGGUAUCAGCAUUUACUGCGCCGAAAGCAUCCACGGCGGCUUUGAUACUUUCAAGACAAUCGUCGAUGCCAAUGGUGGACAGUGCAUGUUGUGGCGGAAUCGGAAGAACACCAUUGUGCCAUCGACCAGGGCAGGAAGCGAAGAUAAUACCGACAGUGAAGACAAUGUUGUCUUCCUGCUGAGCGACAAGAAGAAAGAGAACCAAUCUUUGUGGGAGCGUUUCAAAGAAAUGGCUCACAACAGCCGCAAGACUCCUCGAAUCAUCUCACCAGACUGGCUCCUCGAAUCUGCCAUGUCACAAGAACUUCGCGAUCCUGGGCCUUACGACAACGAGUCUGGUUCUGGACAACGAGCAUAG